AUGGCCGUGCGGGAGGCGAGCGCGGCCGACGCCUCACUGAGCCAGGUGCUGCCGCAGGUGCGCUACCUGCACAUCUUCCUCCAGCAGAUCCGCCUGCGCUUCGAGAGCCAGGCCGGGGAGGGGGCUGGCUCCGCCGUUCGCCUGGCCGAGAGCCUGGCCCUGCAGCUCUCCACCGAGCCCCGGAUCAGCGAGAUGUUCCACCGCCAGGAGUACGUGCUGGCCACGCUGCUCGACCCCCGCUUCAAGGGCAGGAUGGACGCCAUCCUGCCGCUGGGCUCCGACCUCGACCACUGGAAGCAGCUGCUGGUCCGGAAGGUCAAGGAGCUCCUGGCCUCACCCCCCGGCUGCCCUUCCUCCCCCUGGAACGCCCAGUCCAGCAAGGCCUUCUGUGUGGACACGGCCCCACAGCCCUGGGAGGCAGAGACGGGGCCAGGGGAGCCCCAUCGGGACAGGGGGCCGAGCUCCGCGGUGCCUCCACUGAUCCAGAAGGAGAAGACCCUGACCGAGCACCUGGAGAGCGUGGGGCUGCUGGCGUCUGAGGGCCGCGGGGCCUCCCUCCCCACCGAGAGCCACUCGGCCUGUGUGAUGGUGGAGAGGUACCUGCGCGACAACCAGACCAUCGGGGCCCGGGAGGACCCGCUGGGGUACUGGGAGAAGCGGCACUGGCUCUGGCCGGCCUUGGCCAAGGUGGCCAUGCUCUACCUGUCCUGCCCACCCUCGGGGGCCUUCUCCGAGCGCAUCUUCACCGCCCCAGACAGCCCUUUCUCCGAGAGGCGCCCCCCGCAGGGGGAGAGCGGGGAGCGCCUCGUCUUUCUGAGAGCCAACCUGGGGAACUUCCCCGACUACCCCCCGCCGCCCCUCAUCUGCUCGGAGAACGACAGCGCGGGCAGCAGCAGCGGGGAGGAGGGGACCCGGCCGGCUUAG